CUGAUGAUAACGCCGGAUAACGCCGACCCUCGCUCAUAUCGGCACCUUCCGGACUUUUCACAGCAGAAGCUCAUGAUCAAGUAGUAAUAGGGCAAGCAACGACUUCAAAGGUCGCUGGAUCAUCUCUGCUCAUCAUGCGUCACGCUCUCAAGCCAUUGAGGCAGGUCAGACUAGCUGGAAGACGCUUCAACUCCUCCACUCCCUCUUCGUCGUCCUCCUCCUCCGCGUCCUCCAGCUCGUCUGCGGCCUCUUCAUCUGCUAGCGCUGCUUCCUCAAAUGCUCAAGUCCAAAAGGCUGUAGACUCGGCUCAAAAGGUUCUCAACCAAGGCACUGCGACUCUUCAGAGAAUCGCUGGACCCAUUGGUGACCGUGUAGGAGGUGCCUUAGGAGCCUACCGCGAGCCCAUCGUUUUCAACUUCAAAGUCUUCACCUCUAUUCUACGACAGGUCUACCAGGUCGAAAAACUUGCUUUCCCUACUGAGCUCAGCGCUUGGACUCGAGCAUAUGCUCAGAUCUGGUCAAAAGCAAUCAGCGCAGACUUUUGGCUCAGUCUGUUUACAAAGGGUGGAUUGGCUGGUGUAGCUGUCGCUGUUCUUGAAGCGUAUGGGAUCUUCAGCAUUGGCGAGAUCAUUGGACGGCGUCAUUUGAUAGGAUACAAGCUCAAGGAGUAGAUCCUCGAGAUGAUGAGUUGCGUUCGAGGAGGUACAAUGCGCUCAAAAAUGGUGGAAGCUCCUCUGCUUCCGGGAACUCCUUUUAGAUGCUUUGGAGCCGGCACUACAUGCAUUGAAGGCAU